UCUCUCUCCUCUCUUUCUCUCACCUCAUUCUCACCAAUUUUUUUUUCUCUUGAGUAUAACUGUGGAGGGACAUUUUGGGCAUCCGACAGUCUUUUACUCUUUUUAUAAGUACCCCUCAUAGAGAAUUUGUUAACCAUGUUUUUGUCCAACUGUGUCACAACCUAAAUUAGUCACGUACUACCCACUAACUGUGCUUAUCGUUUUAACGCAUCUUUCAGGCUUCAAUGGUGCCCAAUAAUCACGCUCACAAUAGUACGGACACCGAAAAGGCGGCGAACGGAGGACCUCCCGGCGGAGACAGAUGUUCGGUGGAGGAGGUAGCUCUGGUGGUGCCGGAGACUGAUGACCCAUCACUACCAGUGAUGACUUUCAGGGCAUGGUUUCUGGGGAUAACAUCUUGCAUCCUGCUCAUCUUUCUUAACACCUUCUUCACAUUCAGGACUCAGCCUCUCACCAUCUCAGCCAUUCUCAUGCAAAUCGGUGUUCUUCCCAUAGGAAGGUUUAUGGCUGCAACUCUUCCAAAAAAGGAGUACGAUGUUCUUGGAAGGCGCUUCACCUUGAAUCCAGGGCCUUUUAAUAUGAAGGAGCAUGUCAUCAUCACCAUCUUUGCAAACUGUGGUGUUUCCUUUGGAGGGGGUGAUGCUUACUCCAUUGGUGCCAUUACUGUUAUGAAAGCUUAUUAUAAACAGAGCUUGAGCUUCCUCUGUGGCCUCUUCAUCGUCUUAACUACACAGAUGUUGGGUUAUGGAUGGGCUGGGAUUCUGAGGAGGUAUCUGGUUGAUCCCGUUGAAAUGUGGUGGCCAGCAAACCUUGCUCAAGUGUCUCUCUUUAGGGCACUCCAUGAAAAGGAGCACAAAACAAAAGGUCUUACAAGGAUGCAGUUUUUCCUCAUUGCCAUGGGUCUAAGCUUCUUGUAUUAUGCACUCCCUGGCUAUCUGUUCCCCAUCUUAACAUUCUUCUCUUGGGUCUGCUGGGCAUGGCCAAAUAAUAUCACAGCACACCAAGUCGGAUCAGGUUAUCAUGGACUUGGGAUUGGUGCCUUUACACUUGAUUGGGCUGGGAUUUCAGCUUAUCAUGGCAGCCCCCUUGUUACACCAUGGUCUUCCAUUGUUAAUGUUGGGAUUGGAUUUAUCAUGUUCAUCUACAUACUUGUACCUGUAUGUUACUGGAAGUUUAACACUUUUGAUGCUAGGAAGUUUCCUAUAUUUUCCAAUCAGUUGUUCACGACCAGUGGACAAAAGUAUGACACUACCAAGAUCUUAACCCCAGACUACGAUCUUAAUGUUGAUGCAUACAACAAAUACGGCAAGUUAUACCUCAGUCCUCUGUUUGCAUUAUCUAUUGGAUCAGGCUUUGCUAGAUUUACGGCAACGCUCACUCAUGUUGCACUCUUUCAUGGCAGAGACAUAUUGAGACAGAGCAGAUCAGCAAUGAAUAAUGCGAAAUUGGAUGUACACGGUAGACUCAUGAAAGCUUAUAAACAAGUACCAGAAUGGUGGUUCCUCAUUUUAUUAUUUGGGAGCAUGGGGCUAUCCCUGGUAAUGGCUUUUGUGUGGAAAACGGAUGUGCAACUGCCAUGGUGGGGAAUGAUCUUUGCUUUUGGCUUAGCUUUUGUUGUUACCCUUCCAAUUGGUGUCAUUCAAGCCACUACCAACCAGCAACCUGGAUACGACAUUAUAGCACAGUUCAUGAUUGGGUAUGUCCUUCCUGGAAAACCAAUUGCAAACUUGCUCUUUAAAAUAUAUGGGAGAAUCAGCACCAUCCAUGCUCUCUCUUUCUUGUCAGAUCUCAAACUUGGUCAUUACAUGAAAAUUCCUCCACGAUGCAUGUAUACCGCUCAGCUGGUGGGAACUCUAGUUUCUGGUAUAGUGAACCUUGCAGUGGCUUGGUGGAUGUUGGAUGGCAUUAAGGACAUUUGUAUGGAUGACAAAGCUCACCAUGACAGUCCUUGGACUUGUCCCAAAUACAGAGUUACAUUUGAUGCAUCUGUUAUAUGGGGUCUGAUUGGACCAAAGCGCCUAUUUGGACCAGGUGGGUUGUACAGGAACAUGGUAUGGUUAUUCCUCAUUGGAGCUGUGUUGCCAGUUCCUGUCUGGGUAUUGAGCAAGAUGUUCCCAGACAAGAAAUGGAUUCCAUUGAUAAACAUACCAGUUAUAUCUUAUGGUUUUGCUGGAAUGCCACCUGCAACUCCUACCAAUAUUGCAAGCUGGCUAGUCACUGGAAUGAUCUUCAAUUACUUUGUGUUCCGUUUCCACAAACGUUGGUGGCAGAAAUACAAUUAUGUUCUGUCAGCAGCACUGGAUGCAGGCACAGCUUUUAUGGGUGUUCUAAUUUUCUUUGCACUGCAAAAUACAGGCCAUAAUCUCAAAUGGUGGGGAACUGAAUUGGACCAUUGCCCGUUGGCUACUUGCCCAACUGCACCAGGAAUUGUGGUUGAUGGUUGUCCAGUUUUCUAAUAGAGAAUCAUAAUAGGUUUAUCUUUUCUUUUCUUUUUCUUUUUGCUUUUUGAAGGGGGGAAAAGGGUGUUUGGGAACUCAGUUAGGCUUCGAGUGAGUAUAGGGUGAAGGGAAUAACCAAUUCUGUACAUGGUUGCUUGUUACCUACGUCAUAUGCCUGAUAACAGUUCAUUGGUAACGGAACAAAGUAUGACUACUACUCAUGCUUAGUAGUGGCUCGGAAUCUAAUUCUAAAAAGAAUAGACAGGAUGCAUGUAAUCUCAUGUAAUGGACGUCUAACAUUGGCGUCUCGGUGUAUCUCUAUUGGUUAAGAGCAGGGAAUAUUUAACAAGUCACCACUUGGCAACUUUCUUCCCUUCUCAUCUCUACUUUUGAGGUGGCAACAUAAGCAGAAACGCUAUAACGUUAGUUUUUUCUUUGGGUUGAAUAAUACAUUAUCCUAUCCUUGGAGUUCAUCUGUGCUACUGUUUUAUAAGCCAUAAAAGUACGAGAAUAGCUACUUAAGAAAGCUUUUAUUUGCCAGAAGGG